AUGCCGCAUCUCAAUAUUUAUUUGAAUUUAUUAAAACUUCAUGCUGACAUCAGAGUUCUCAGGUGCGUGCAACAUUUUAGUACAAAAACAUUUAUGCACAGAAUAUUUGUAAUAUUAAAAGUCUGGAUUUUAUUAAUUAUUGAUUCGAAAAAUUAA